AUUUCAUCGCACCACGAUACACUGAGGCUGUACAAAAGUCUAAAAAAGUCACACGUUGACAGGUUUUCCUAAAAAAAAAAUCAUAAAACUGCAAAAUCAUCAUCAAAAAUGCUCUUUUAAUUGACAAACUCGGCUUUGUGAUUUUUAAAGCGGUAAACCAGCGCCCUCUUCCGGCAGCUCGCGCUCGGUUCCUGCAGCUCUCGUGUGUUCUGGGUGUGUGUAGGUUUAGACGCUUGUUUCAGUUCAUUUGGCGUUAAAGACGCGAUCAGAGGAGUUUCUGAACACAACAGCAGACUCUGUCUGAGAGUCUGGAUGAGGAGUAACCGAUCCGACGCUGAUGCUGGGACGAAAACUGCUGGUUAAUGUCAUAACAAUGCGCUUUAAUGAGACGAAACUGCUGUCAAAGAGCUGAAGAUGCGAUUCAACGAGAAAGAGCUGGUGUUCCUGAGCCGCCAGCCGUCGGAGAGAGCGGCCGAGCUGGGCAUGAGAGGCCCGAAGAAAGGAGACGUUGUGAAGAGGCGUGUCGUGAAACUGAUCGUUAAUUUCCUGUUUUACUUUCGGACCGAUGAGGACGAGCCCAUCGGCGCUCUGCUGCUGGAACAGUGUCGCGUGGAGAGAGAAGACCAGCAUGCUUUCUCCAUCGUGUUUCUGGACGAAGCCGAGAGGAAGUAUUUGUUCGAAUGCGAUUCUCAGGAACAGUGUGUCGAGUGGAUCGAUGCCAUCGUUAAAGCCAGUUAUGAAUUCAUGCGCAAGAACCUGGUCUACUAUCGCACGGAAAUCCAUCGACUGACCGGCAAGGACCCGCUGGAGCAGUAUGGGAUAUCAGACGAAACACGCUUUCAGGUCAACAGUGGUCUUCCUCCGCUGCCUCCGCCACCCACAUAAACACACACUCUCUCCGCUGUUUGGGGUUUUUACCUGUUUUUCAGUCUGGCAGUAUCCAUUACUGUACAUUCUGACCUCUGUAACCUUUCAUUGUAUGUGAGUUAUGGGGAAAAUGCAUAAUAUUACUGUAAUGAAUGUCUGCUGAGUUUGAGCCAGUUGCAAUUAAAGUUUCUUCCCCAUUUCAAGGUCAUUGUUAACGAGGACAAAUUAAACUGGGUCGCCUUUUAAAAACUGAUUUCGGGCACCUUUAUUGCCUUUCAUAACUGUGACGUUAAAGGUUUAUGCGCAGACAUGCAUGCAUUAUAGUUUGACCUAAAGUGCACUGAAGAGGUUUCGUAGCAUCCAGCUUUUAUCUAAAGCAUUAAAGCUUCCAGUCAAUAAGACCAGAUUCAGUCAAAACAUUUCAGCUGCUUUGAGUUUGUGUAUCUGAAGCUGUAUAGCGGUCGUAUUUCACCCCAAAAUCAAAGGAAAAAAUGGAAAAUUAUAUUUUAGUGCACAAAAAAAUUAAGCCUGUUUUUAGGGUUAUUAACCCUACAUUCUUUGCUGCUAGAAAAUGAAAUGUAAAAUUUAAGUAAUUUAAUAAAUCAUAUAUAUAUAUUACUUAAAUUGUAUUUAUUUAUUGAAUUACUUCAAUUUAAAAUCAGCAUAAAUUACAAAUGCACUGCACAAUUGAUUUAAUAAAUAAUAAGUAAUUUAAUAAAUAAUAUACUACUAUCUUGUGUAUUAAAAAUAAUGUCAAUGCAAAAGCCUAACAUUUAUUUACUUUAUACAGGCUGUAAUUUGUCUUUUUUUUUUUUUUUUUUUUUUGAUUUUGUGGUGACCUUUGACCUGUAUAUUUCAGAUAUGUUAAAACAUUGUGGCAUUCGCAAAUUUGCAGUUUGUAGAUUUGCAGAUUUAAUUCUGCUACUUUUUGUUUGAUCAAGUCUCAGUCUUGUGCUCAUAAAUGGCAUUGAACGGCAAGAACUUCUUUCCUGUAAUUUUAGAUACAGUUUUAUUUGAACCCAUAUCGCCUGUAACUUUCCAUUUCUUUAAGCGAUGAAACUAUAAUAAGAGUGAAAAUGCUUUAGUUUGUCAGAAUGUGAGAUUCAUGAAUGUUUCCGUCUUUUUCAUGCUCUAGAAAUGAUUCCUUCUAUCAUUUAGAUUUCAUAAUUUAUAUAUGUUCAUUUCCAAUCUUAUUUUGGUUAAUAAAUCCAAUUUAAAGUUA